AUGAGCCCGACGGCCGCGCAAAAGGUCAACCCCGCCACUGAAGAAAUGGAGGGUCACAUUACUCUGAGGAGGACUAUUCCAUUUAAAGUUCCUGCUAUUGGCAAACAGCCAGACCCACCCGGUUCAGAGGUUGACAGACCGGCCAGGUUCAGAGCUAGAGCUGCCUGGUUCAGAGGUAGACCCGUCGGGCUCAGAGGGGUGAACACAUCCAUAAGUUGUGUAGGCUCCCCCAUCGUGCUGCCCAUCCUGCAGCGGCGCUGA